AUGGUCUCUUUGCGGGAGGACGGCAAGCAAGAGGACAUCUGCCCCAUCUGCCAGGAGGACUUGAAGAAGGCUGUGAGCACUGACUGCAGACACCUGUUCUGCCAAACGUGCCUGGCACAGCACCUGGAGAAGGCCUCCAGUUCUGGAUUCCUCUGCUGUCCCGUCUGCCGGAAGCCCUGUUCCGAGGGGGUGCUGGGGAUGGGCUACAUCUGUCUCACUCACCAAAAAAGGGUGCGCAGCUUCUGUGAGGAGAGCAGACUUCUUCUGUGUGAGGAAUGUGAGAAGUCCCCGGAACACAAGUCUCACCACGAGGUGACCAUUGAAGAGGGCAUCAGCCACUACAAGGAAAGACUCUCCCGCAAGAUCAGGAAGGUCAAAAAGGCCUUGGGGGAUCUAACUAGAAAACAUCCACAGUCCAGCGCUCAGGAGGAGGAGAAACAGCAGGCUGUGCAGUUUCAGGUAGACUGUGGCACCCACAGGCUGGAGGCUGAGCUAGACAACCAACACCAAGCCAGGAGACGGCCAGAUGCCUUCUCUCAGCAGUGGCCAGACCAGCCAGAGGACAUACCAACAGAGGCAUCCAGCUCCCUGAAAGCACAUCUGUGCAGUCUGCUCACUGAUCUGGAGUGGAUGGUCAAGAAUCUGGAUGCCAGCAAGCUGAAGGAUGCCAGUGAUUUGCUGGACAGACACUCAAGACACUUCUGAAUUUGUUCCUGGAGAAAAAGAACAUAACAUA